UUUGAUAAAUUGACGUUAUAUAUUUACUUGACCUACUUGAUUACUCACUUGAUUUCCUAGUUUAAGAAUAAGCUCAGGAGCAUACGUCUGAGGGCGUCCUGGGAUCUGUUAAGUGGCGACCAUCUUGAUGUGUUUUUACCUAGGUGGGAAGUUUUCAUUUACGGCACUGGAUGAAUCACAGAAGAUAUAAAGCAUAGAACCAUGCAAUCUUUAAUUGAUCACUUUAUCAGAAACAUUCUUGGAAUUGUACUCAAUCGUUUAUUUUCCAAACGCAUAUUGACGCAUACCAUCCUGGAAUGAUCAAAUCACUUGUAAUACUUUGACUGUUACACACACAAAGUGAACUUGGUAUGGAUUGUUCAGCUGUAUAUGGUUUUGUUAACAGAUUUGUGUUGGUAGUGUUAUGAGAGUGUGUUUUUGUAAAAUUGAUUAACUCUUCAUUAUUAUGGGUCAAAAGAGAUUAAAGGGCUGAGGGUGAUUUGAACUCGCAUCCUGCUUAGGCUAUGUAAUUAUGCCUUUUGAGAGUGAGCUGAGAGCUGCGCUCGGGAGUUACCUCCUCUAUAUUACGAUCCCGGUUUGCUGCUUCCGAUGUAAGACUGUGGCAUUCAUUCGAGUGAGUUCUUCAUGAUCGUAGUGUGACCUAAAUGGCCGUAGUGAGUGUAGGGAGGCCCUCGCGUUAAUUAGUAAUAACGUUUACUUCAUACGAAACAUGAGAAAUAUAUCCUCAUAUCUGUUUUCCAAAACAAAAAAGUAAAUCAGUAAAUGCCUCAACUGCCACAUAUUCAUCUGCAGAUAACCAUGUCUUACUACGUAUCAACGUCCGCCAUCAAGGAUCUCCUCACCGAGUGCCCAAUAUGUACAGAACACUUUGAUGAGGCCACACGUACACCUCGUCGUAUGCCAUGCUGUGUGCAGUCAAUAUGUGAGGCAUGUCUGGAGACCCACAGCAGAGGGCGCCUAGCCAUAUCAUGCCCAAUGUGCCGACACCAACACAACCUGCCGGGCGGUGUGAAGUCUCUUCCCAAGGAGCCUGUCAUCCUAAGAAUCCUGGAUAACCUGAAGAUUGUGAAGGGUCUCAAUCUGCCGCGUACAGAUUGUACUGAUGGUAACCCUGCCAUGUCCAAAUGUGAUGACUGUGUCGCCUUUCUCUGUCAAGAAUGUCUGAAUGCUCACAAAAGAGUUAAGACUCUGCGAGAUCACCAUACUGUCAGUUUUCAGGAAAUGAAAGAAGGACCAAGUAAAAACUUCCACCGUGUUCAUAAGUGUGCACAACAUCACCUCCCUCUACAGUUCUACUGCAACACCUGUGAUAAGAUCGUCUGCGUGUCCUGCACUGUAGUAGAACACAAGGAAGGGAAGGGGCACAACGUUGUUCCCGUUGAUGACGCACACCAAGAGAGGGCAAAGUCUAUUGAAGACACCUUAGCCAAGCUGGAUCAGAAGUCAGAGAAACUUCUGGAAGCAGAAAAAGAUCUCCAGAAAAGAUACUCAGGCAUAGAGGAGUCAACAAAGGUUGCUGUGGUUGACAUCAACACAGCCUUUGACAAACUGAUGGAUAAAAUACAGCAGAGGAGGGCCAUCAUGUUGUCAGAAGUUGAAGAGAAAUCCAGCAACCUUCUGAAGCUGACACAGGAGGAACUGGAUUCCACCAGAACCAUUCUGACUAAGGUGACAUCAUCUACUGAGUACACAAGACAGAUGCGGGGUAAAGCUGACAAGAUAGAGGAUAUACAAGUGAUGGAGUCUUCAGCUGCCACCUUGAGCGCAAUGUUGGAGUUGUCACCAAAGGCAUCACUUGGAAGAGCUGGUGUCAGCUUUGCUUCAACUUGCUUCAGCAAAAUUACUACCUUCUUGAAGAUGGCUGGUCUUGUCAAAUCAGUUGUCUUUACACCGAUUGAGAAUUCAAAUCCAGAUGACUCCCUAAACAAUGCAAUCACCUUUGAACACGCGGAAGUCCCACAAGCUGCAUAUAUGACUGGGCUGCCAUUGGGAGUAAAAGGAUCGAUCUCAUGUAAGUAAGCCCGUAGACUGCUGUAUUGAUUUAAUGAGCAUUCGGAAGUCAAGUCACUGUACACAAACAUGAAAGCUUAUUUCUUUUACUGUUUGUUUGGGUCCAUUUUUGUGGUCAUAGUGUGACAAAUUUGAAUAGUGUCUACAAAACUCAUCGUACAAUGUAGUAGUGCAUAGAAGUGAUGACGCCACGUUAUAUGAUAACGAUGUCUCAAAGCCGUUUACAAGCCGGUUAGGAGUAAGACAGGGCUGUAUUUUAAGUCAUUUUCUGUUUGGUUUAUUCAUAAAUGAAUUACAAACUCAAAUUCAUAAAGAUUGCAAUCAUAGCAUCCAACUACAUCCUGAUAUUACGCAGCUGUUUUUGCUUUUAUACACAGAUGAUAUGAUAUGAUAUGAUAUUCCAAUACUGUUAAUGGUCUACAGAGACACAAUGAUGAAUUAGAAAAUUAUUGUGAUAAUUGGAAACUAAGUUUAAACAAAGAUUAAACGAAAGUUGUAGUUUUUUUUAAAAAAGGCAGGGAAAUGGUUUUUCUAGGAAGAACUUUAGAAAUAACAUGGUUCUAUAAAUAUUUACCAAAACCUUGUCAUGGAAUAGAAGGUUUGUAUUUGUAUCUAUGAGCAGUUAAGUGCACUAGGAAAUAUUUCAUUUAAGACGCUUUUUAAAUUUCUUUUUAUGUUUAACUAAGUCUAAUACUACUGUAUGGAUAUUAAGUUUGGGGCUUAAACCAUUUCGAUGUAAUAGCAAAAGUUCAUUUAUAUGUCUGUAAAAGAUUUAUUGGCGUUAAGACAAGUACAUCUAGUAUUAUGGUGAAUGUGGUAGAUUCCCGAUGCACAAAUUUUCUCAAGUUAAAACUGUUAAAUACUGAUUGUUGAAAUUCUAAAAUGUUUUACAAUAUGAUGAUAGUUCAUAAGAAUAAUGGAAAAAAAAAUUGGGUAACGAUUAUAAAGACAUUGCUGUUUAAAACUGGUUUUAGUGACACAUGGUAUGACCAAAACGUUAGCUGCUACCCUGAUUAAUUUCAUCAAGUCAAAGACUUAAGGAUAUUUAUGUGCAGACAUGGUUUGAAUCAACUGACUUAAUGAAACAAAUGUUUCUAUUACAAACUUUUUAAAGCCCAAAUAUGUUUGGAGUGGUACCUCUGUAAGAUGACAGUAAAGGUGAGGUAAGGUGAAAUUGGGUUUAACGUCGUGCUUGAGAAUAUUUGGCUCAUAUGACGAAGAUGACAGUAAAGAAGUUCCGAGUUGCAUUAUAACGAUUUCGAUGUUCAUCUCAUGAUUUGUGUCCAGAAAAUGGACGCUAUACUAAUAUUUAUUGACAAGAGAGACUAUGCCAACUAUGUGAUUUAAAUACUGUCGAGGAUGAGUAACAUUUCCUUCUUGUUUGUCAGCUGUUCUCAGAUCUUAGAAGAAAAUAUUUACUAAAUUAUUUUUAUAGAUAUCCAAAAGUUAAUAAAUUUAUAUCAUUACUAACAACUAAACCGAAAAAGGUAACGCCCAUUAACUGACUACUGAUUCCUGGUUGACGGAAAAUAGAUCGGGCUUACGUUAUGCUUUACUUUCCAUGUCGCUGAUUUCGCGUUGUUCUCUUCAGUUUCUUACUGAUUUGAUAAACAGCCUGUAAGGUUUCAUCCUUGACAUAUUCAGUGUAUUACCCUUAAAGGGACUGUAUGUCUUCUCUCCAGGUGUGGAGCUGGAGUGGGACUUCAGUACUGCAAGUGGCAAUUUGAUGGUUUCGGGCCCAGUUGUCUAUAAUGAUACACAGAAACAGCCUCCACCAAACACUGGAUGCCGAAUAGUUUCAUCUCGAAGUCUCCUGACAUCAACACCUCUCGUCAUCAGGCCAGGCCAGACCAUCAUGUAUGGAAUGGAGGUCACAUUCUCUGUCAACACACCAGCAGAUUGGAAGAGAGUUCUUUUCGAAACAGUUUUGAAUGACAGCCCUGUUGAAACGAGCAAGCAGCAGACACGUGGAUUGAAUGUCUGUCUUGUUACAUGCGCAGAUCAUAAUGGAAUAUGUCUGAGGGUGUACUACAAUGGACAACGUCUGACGGACGACCACCUAACAGUCUACGAGCAAGACACAGUUUACAGCCUGGUUUUGGGGUUCGUUCUUGAACAGGAAACAGCUAAAGUCCAUGUCCUGGACCUCAGUCACCUGAAACUUGUAACAUCUGUAUCUCCGUUCCCGUGUGAUAAACCACUCUAGGUGAUGGCGAAUUGUGGGUCUUAUCCUAACACGCUCUUAACCUGUGUUUUAUCAUUACAGAAAGGAAGAGAUAUGCUUGACGAAAUCCAACGUUUGAUCCACAAGUAACUGGAAGAUGCACAGAUGACAAGUGAAACUGUGUGAAUUUAGUUUUACGUCGCUCUUAGCAGUAUUCCAGCAAUAUCAUGGCGGGGGACACCAGGAUUGGGCUUUAAACAUUGUACUCAUGUUGGGAAGCGAACCCGGUCUUCUGCGUGACUACCGAAAGCUUUAACCAUCCCACCGCCCCACAGAUAAUGACGUCAACAAGAGGUGCACACAGUUUUAGUACUCAGUGGAUAACAGAACAUUACUGCAUGUAAUAUCUACACACUGGUUGUUGUAUUGAGUGCCGGGGCUGAAUGUACUCAAGAGAACCUAUGGCGGACGUAGAUGCGACUGAAUGCAUUCCUGGGACGUAUGCCGGCGUCGUGGAUUGUUGUUCAUGAACCACUCAAGCGUCUAGUCCACACGCGAUUACUACAGGCCUCUAGAAUAAUAGGGAGUACAACAACAAAACAUGGAUGUCCGGACGAUUUGAAGUUCACAAAUGCAGUGGUGUGUUGUUGGUUUUUUGUCUAGUUCUUGUCGAGUAAUUCUACAGUAGCCAUCUUGCUACAUAUGAUGGACAACUCACUGUUAUCGUUUAUGAUUCUGUGUGAUUGUGUCUAGCUGAGGGAACAGUAUGUAUUCUGUAUUAUAACAUAAUUAGUGUAAAUUGUUUGGUUCACAGAGAGGAAAGGUGUUAAUAAUGAAGCGUAAGACUUUGUGGCCUAGAUGCUAUUCUGUCAUGCGUAUUUGACAUAGCAACAGUCACACGCGUUGCUAAAGACUUCUAAAGAGUGUUUGAUAUCAUUUGAUGCGCUGUGAAUUCUGCCGUUUCUAAAAAUCGUUACACUGCAAUAAUGAGGAAGGGAGUACAUGUACUUUCAAAUAUAUUCAAGAAGAUAUUGCAGGUACGCUUCAAUCGCUUUGAAGACUAAUAGCCCCAUAUGAAAUGAACAUGUGUGUGAGUUUCAAUACGUGAAGUAGUAUCGUCGCCUGAUACUUUUUGUCACUUUUCAUAUUGAACUAUCUGAUAUAUUUAUUGUAGAUUUAUAGGCAAGACAUUACUUUUAAUAUUGUGACCAUUUAAGGUACUGUCAGUUAUGUUUAUGUUAUUGGGGGCGGUGGGGUAGCCUAGUGGUUAGGGCGUUUGCUCGUCACG